AGAAACCACUACCUACUAUAUACCUAUCUACCGCUAAGAUUUUCAAAACGCAUGAUGGAAUUCUUCAAAAGUAUCAUUAACACUCGACCAAAGGAGCCUAUUUCCGCCGAUAUCAGGGAUGUCAUCACUCGAAAGAAACUACAGUACUGCCGCUUCGCCGACACUAACCAAUGGCAAAAUAUGACGAAAGUGGCGCUACCUGAAGCCACCUUCAAAUUCUACAAUGAAGAUGGCACUUUCAUCGGCGAUGGAGGGCUCGAAUACAACUUUCCAUCUACAGCUCAAUUUAUUAAAAGCUUUGAAGGGAAGAACGUGCAGUGCGUUCACUUGAUCGGGCCAGGGGAGCUGUUAGAACAGACUAAUCCCGAUGAGGUGAAUGUCAUUUGGACUGUUAUCUACCACGCCGGUAUGAAAGAACCAAACAUCCAGCACACCACAGGCGGGGGUUACUAUCAUGAAACUUGGCGGCGGACGGGCAAAGAUUGGUUUAUACAAGAUUUGAGAUUUGAAAGGACAUACUUUCAAAUCGUCGGGUAGUGGUCGCGUUGUAGCCC